GCUGCACCUCACACACUCAUCUCUCUCUCUCUUUCCGAGUCUCAUCGUCUCAUCCCCAUUGACAAAUCCAGUCUCAACUUCCCCAUUUUGAAAUUUACAACCAUCCAUCUUAACCUAUUCGCCACAAUAAUAAUUCCUUGCGGCAUUGUUUUAUUUAAGCCAUUGUUCCUCUCGUUUAGAUGAGAAAUGGUGGAAACACGACACGUUGCUCUGUGAAAAGAACAAGAAGUUGUGAAUUAAACAUUCGUUAAAGUUUAACAAGACUGUCGAUCUUUUCUUGGUCGUCGGGGGAAAUCUCGUCGACUUUCGCUGGAGAAAGAAGCAUAAGAGACAAAAGUCUCACCCGUGUCAAGUCACCCCAUGAAGACGAACUACUUAGAGAGUCAACGUCUGCAUAGUAUAUGAUUAUACGGGGGUUGGUUAUUCAUGAUUUAAUAUUAUCUCCGUCUGACUCGGCCACCAUAUUAAAAGUCAAGAAGAAGAAGAAGGAAGAGAAGACUGCUGGAGAGUUGAGACAGCGAAAACUGAAACUUUGAAGACUUUGAGACAGACGCUCUGUCUCCUCUGCCCGACGUACCGGACCAGUUCCAAUUAGUUUCACAAUUAAUAACUUAAAGAUCGUCUGUUCUAGAAGGAGAGGCAAAGUUUUUGGCUGGAUCCAUCCGGUUCAUAUUAUUCCGUAAGCGAGAAGAAAAACCCUAAAUCUGUGUCAUACUUGGCGUCGUGGUAUCCAUUGAGAAACCAUUCAACCGAACCAAGCAGUGAACAAGAACUUUCAUGUUGGGACAGGAAAAUAUUACAAGACUUUAAACACCAGAACUGGUCUUUCCGCAUGAAUUCACUUCAACAUAAUAACAAUUAACGAUUCCACAACAACAACAGCGAACCAAUCAAGAAGAAUUGACUCGAAGGAGGAAGGAAGCUGCAUACAAGAAGGCAUAAGCUAUACGACGACGAUUCAAAAUCCCGAAACAAAGACUAAUUUGGGUCACUUGCAGCUGUGUACGGACAUCUCUACUCACAAUUAUUGUUUGCAGAAACGGAUGUUGUUGUGUCACAAGAUAAGCCACAAUGGAUCAAGAAGAAUCAGCUAAAAACCACUACCACUCAGCCGGCUUUCCCUCCUCCUCCUCGUCGGCGUCUCAUGCCACACCCGGAUUCCAUUCACGGAUUCUUCGGGAGGCUCUGCAUUGGGGAAACGAGAGUCUUAAGAUGAGUCUCCAGUCGUCGGAUUUCCUCAUUCCUGGCGGCGAGGGAGUGGGCAAAGGGAGUGGAAACCCGCUUUUGGAUUAUGGGGAGCAGACCGAAGAGGAAUUUGCGAGCCCUUCCACCUGGAACAAUGUCUCCUCAGCUAUGGGGCUUCUCAACCAAACCGACUUCAUGAUGGGUGGAGACAACGACAGCUUUGCAGAACCAUACUUUCCCCACUACAUUCGAACCACCUCCACCCUGCUUUGCGGAAUCAUCCUCUUCAUCGGGAUCGUGGGCAACCUCCUCGUUCCCGUCGUCGUCUGGAAGAACAAAGAACUUCGAAGUUCCACAAACAUCUUUCUAGUCAAUCUCAGCGUGGCGGAUCUUCUCAUCCUCCUCGUUUGCAUGCCACCCGUUCUGGUGGAACUCCACUCAAAACCUGAAGUUUGGGUUCUGGGGGCUGCCAUGUGCAAACUGGUUCCAUUUGCAGAAUUGUCAGUUGCCCACGCGUCAGUCCUGACAAUUCUGGCGAUAAGUUUGGAACGCUAUAUCGCGAUCUGUCGACCCCUGCGUGCCAACUACACUUGCACGAAACACAGGGCGGUCGCCCUCUGCAUCGCUAUUUGGAUCAUUGGCUUCGUGGCGACAAGCCCAAUGUUGGCAAUAGCGCAACACAAAACUCUGCGCUACAUUGACAGGUCGAUCCACAACGCCUGUCUCACCCAAGCCCACAACUUCUGGGCGCAGCUUUACUUUCUCUCCUCCAUCGUCAUCUUCUUCUUCCUCCCACUCCUCACUCUCAUCGGGCUGUACUGGGUCAUCUCCAAGAAUCUCAUGUCCGACCCUUCCGGUGCCGGACGCUGCUGUCCCGACCAUCCAACAAUGAGGGCACGGCGACAGGUGGUGAUCAUGUUGGCAACAGUUGUAUUCUUUUUCUUCAUCUGUCUGCUCCCAUUCCGAGUUUUUACAAUGUACAUCAUCUUGGCUCCGGACUCGUGGGUGGAAAGCAUGGGGCAAGAGCUUUACUACAACGUUCUCUACUUUUGUCGAGUUAUGCUCUACUUGAAUUCCAGCAUCAAUCCAGUUCUCUACAACGUGAUGAGCUCCAAAUUUCGGGAAGCGUUCUUCAAAGUAUUGGGAUGUCCCGUGGGCAGUCAGAGACGAAAUCAGUGGUUGUGUCGUCAUCUGAGUCGGCAGUCGACUUUCACCACGUCGUCAACCCUACCCACGUCCAGUAUUAAGACGCAACAUUAUCAUCAUCACCACGGGAAAAGCUGUUGUGGAAAUGGAGAUUCUGUCCGGAUUCGUGAGCUGACCGGGGUCGGAGUCGUCAUUCCAGACCAACCAAAAAAUGGGCACUUUCAUGGAAAGCACGUGAGGGCACUGCGAGCUACAUCUGGGCCCUAUUAUCCAUCCAAUCAACCACCACCAAAGCGACAAUUGAGUACAGAUGCAGCCGUUGUUCACACUCAGGUUGUAAAUGUCAAGGAGAAAAAAAGUAUGAUCAGGGCCAACAGCGUUGUUUAAAAUCUGGACCAUAUCCCACAAACGUCCAGAUAUGAAACUAUUUUACAGCAUGUGUUUCAUGUGGAGGAAAGGUUUUGCAUUUGGGGGAUUGCUUCGAGAUUAAUUUGAUACGAAUACAAGUUGUGUCAGUUUAAUCGAUUAAAAAAAUUAAAAAAUCCGGACUUUGAGAAAUCGACAAAUUGCUACUCUUUUAACGUGGUCAAGAGUGAAAAUAUGUUGUUUGGUAAAUGUGCGCGUGGAAGUAUGCACAACUUUUGUUCUACAACCCGAAAUCCCUAUUAUUUUUAGGCAUACCUGAAAUCUGCAUAUAUUUAUCGCAAUUUGAGACCUGCUCCACAUUUCAUACGCUAUUGAGUACGCUAUGUGAGUUUGUUAUUUACAUGUAGUUUGUUAUUGACCCCUUAAUGUGAUAUGCAUAAAAUUCUAAGUAAUCACUGGAAUAAGGAUCAGAGUGGUCACUUUUCAGGUUGUAGAGCAAAAUUUCAUAAAAUGUCAUUGCAUAUUUUCACGAAUAUAUUUACCAAACAACAUACUUUUAUUUUUGACAACGUUAAAAAAUAAGUAACAAUUUAUCGAUUCCUCGAAGUCCGGACUUUUUAUCAUUUUUUAAAUUAAUUAAACUGACCUACUCCCUAUUAGCAUCAAAUUAAUCCCCAAGUAACCCCCCAAGUACAAAAACCUUGAUGUGGACGUAAUACCAAAAAUUAUCAUAAUUUAAACAAUUGGCUGUACCAUACAAGUCCAGAUCGCAUUAUCUCAAAUAUUUUUGAUCUUCGGAAAUGGAGCAAAUCCGUUUCCUGGCUUAGGCAUGAAUAUUAUUUUUCCUCCUCUGAAAUAUAAAUAUAUGUUCAAACUUUACAUAUGCCGACUACAUUCACGCAUUUCCACGAUUCCAAAUGUGUUACUCGUUUUCAUAAACCUUGCACUGUUGGUACAUUGUGUAAAUUAAGAAACAAUGAUCUCGUCGUUUUUAAUAUUUAUUUAGCUAUUUCAUUUUAUAAUGCUGUAGAAUUUACUGGAUGGAUCCCAGACAAAGAGACACGACAUGUUAGUUAAUACGUGAAGUUAAGCUUAAGCUGCUUCCAGAGUCAAAUGUCACAAAUCUGACCUAGUUCUCGUUUGUUUUGUGGUCUGUUUUUGUGCAGUUGUUCAGAGAGAGCGAGUAAAAAUGACAGACACAAAAGUAUAGAAGAGAAGGUUGAAGGCUGAUAAAAGGAAAAGUUGGAUCCACAGAAAUUACCUGCAUUAUUCUCAUUAUAAGGAGCUUUUAUUUGCCGAAAGGAAAUCUGCAAUCCCGUGGAUUGCUAGGAAAUAUAUAUGGAUGUGUAUCAUACUAGAUUUGAUGUGUUAUUAUCGUCGUAGUAGAUUAGCGUGUCUUGGUGUAUCUAUCAAAUAAAUAUCUAAAUGUUAGAUGAAGAAUUAUAACUGAAUCGUAUAGUUCUAGAAAGUGAAAGUUCUUACUUGUUAGCUUUUGUCGUAACCACAUGUUGAGUAUUACAAAAGUAUGUAUUAAGCUGUUGUUGUUGGUGAAAGUCAUAAGUCCCAAAAAAUAAUAUCAAACCAUGAUCGUGUACCUGCUUCACCCAUUUGAUAGAAACGUAGAUUAUUAUUAUAACAAAGGGUUAAUCACCUUCCUCCUCCUCGUAUUAUGAAUUGUGGUGGCUAUCUGCUGUGAAUGCAUAAAAGUGAGAGAUACUAUUGUUCUCUAAAUGGAAUUAUAUCACUUGAUACAUACAAACAAACAGUAUAUUUAGUGCAUAUGUACAUCUGAAUUAUCGAUUUGGGAGUUCAAAAAUGUAGUCCUUUGGAUUAAAUGAUAUGACAACGCUCUUAAUGAGUUCUCCUAUCUGUCAAUGUGUAUGGAACGGAUUUAAGUAAUAAUGGGAAAUUUAGAAGUAUAAAUUUGAAAAGGUAUGCCGGAUUAUGAAUUUGGGAAUAAGCUGUAUGCAUUACACUAGUGGUGCUAUUUUGGAAUUAAGAAAGACAAAAGGAACCUGAACUGUAUGCUUUACCUCAGCGGGGUUUAACUAAAAGGCAGGAAUUUAGAAAGAAUAAUGCAUGCAAAUGGGAAGAUAAUAUCGCGAUUGAAUUAAACGAUGAGGUUGUCACAAGUUAUGGAAAAAAUGGGUUUCGUAGCUGGCUAUAACUUAAUCCGUAUUCAUAUCAUAUCUCGUCACGUGCAAAUUAAUGUCCUAUAUUUAAAAAAGUGUAUGGUUUUAUCUCCUAUAUACAAUGAUGGUAAACAUAUGUGUGCUCUGUGUCUCUUGUCAUAAUAAGUACUUAAUUAAGCCAUUUAAAAGAUUGAUCUUUACAGACCCAAUUCGUAAAAACGUACAUAUAUUCUACAUACAAAUACUCGUAAUAUUGAUUAUCUGCAUGGAGAGUGCAUACAUAAUUGGCUUCAAACAUCCAGUGCAAAUUCUAUCCAUCAAGGAACAACAUAUAAUUGUCCAAAUAUUUGAUGAUGUUACUGUAAUAAAUCUAUGAUUGGUGUAAAAAUAUAUACGCGUAACUUUGUGACAAUAUGAGUAAUUGUAUUACAUAAUACCACAUAUGUAAAUACAUAUGUGUCGUAAUAACAGAAUUAAGAUAUUUAUGUAAUAAAACAUGUCAUGUUUGUUGUAGAUCAAAUCAGAUAGAAACUUGUUAAUUGAUUUGAUAUUUAUGAUAUUGAUGUAACGUUUUAAAAAGUUUUUCUAUACGCCGCAACUGGAUUUUUUCAGACGGACGAUGGUCAAGUGGAGAGAAUUAGUAUAUUUCAUAUCUUAAUUAUUUCAUUGUUCGCACACACAAAGUCAACAAAUGCUUUUUGGACCAAUAACGAAAGCUGCAUACAUUUAUACAAAAAAGAUUGUUCAGUUAUUUUCACACCUUAAAUUAUUACAUUGUUUUUUUCGUUAAUAUACAGUUCAUAAUUUAAAUGAAGUUGACUGUCUGUGCAGUCGAUAGUGAAUUUAUUGUUGUUCUCGUAAAAGUAUUUUGGUGUUGUAAUGAAGUUCUUAAAUAGUACAAUUAUUCCUAGACUGUAGAUCUUAUUGUUGUUAAAUGUGUUGCUGUUGUUACAAAUCAAAAUUGUCGUCUCAAUAAAUGUAUACGUACUUAAAGGGG